AUGGAUGGUUACGAUGUCAGCAAUUAUGUUUACACAAUGUUACAAAGAUACCAAAUCAGUGAAGAACAAAGUAAAGAUCAAAUUCACUUUUUUCAAUCAAAAGAUCCAUCAUAUGAUCAUACUCAUCAUCAACCAGGCAGAAAAUUGCUCAACCAGUCUGAGCAUACUGAAUCAUUCAGAGUAUUUUUUGAUCUUACACAUAUUUGCAAAAACCUCAGAAAUAAUUUAAUUGCUCAUACCCCUAUUCAAAUAUCAUCUAAUUCAAAAGAAUUUUUAGAUAUGAAGCUAAUAUUAAAGUUAUUUCAAGAACGUGAUAUUUCAAUUUUAAUUCCAAAUGAUUUCCAUCCUAGUGACAAGAUGGCCCUUGAUCCAGUAAAAAGAUUAUUUAGUGAAAAAACAACCGAUACGCUUUCGUCCAUCAUUUGUGAUUUUGAAACUAGUAUUAGAGAUAAUUCAAUCGAUCCAAAUCAAAGUAACCAACUUAAAGAACAAAUUGUAAAAAUUAAAAACAUCAUUACAUAUUUAAUCAAUCUACGUAUUAUUUAUCGUAUUUCAACUGCAUCAGUAUUGGUAGAUAUGAAGCAAUCAUUGGAACAAUUUGGUAGUGGUUUCAGAUAA